AACUGAAACGAAAUGGCCAACAAACAAAACGUUAACUUCACACAGAGCACAAAAUUGUUCAGUCGUGUUCGUCUAAUCGUCGUGAUAAGUUGUUAAGAAAUCCAAAAAGAAAAAUAAAAGCUAAAUUCACUUCUAACGAGCGCGUCUGACAGAGAAAAAAGUAUUGGAAAAUUUUUUCACAAGAAAAAUUUUCACAAAUCACUUUUGCAAAAAAAAAAAAAAAUAGAAUUGAGAAAAAAAAAAUAAGAGAAAAAAUAAGAAAAAUCGAAAAAGUUCAUAGUAAAAUUAACAAAUUUUAUUGGAACCCACUAACGAAGCACAAGAAAUUUUAAAAUUUUUCCCUUUAUUAAUCGAAGUAAAUUUGUUUAAAUAAUUAAUAUUACAAAAAAAAGCUGUUAUAAAAGAGAAGAAAAAAUUAUAAGAAAAUAACGGUAUAUAUAGAUGUAUAUGGUAUAUAUAUAUAGAGGAUGAUGAUUAUGAUGAGAAUAAACCUUAAGUGUAUUGGUGUAUGAGUGUGUGUGUUUGUGUGUUAAAUAAUUUAACGACAGAAUAACGAGAAAGCUUUAGAAAAGAAAGAGUGAAAGUAGCCAGAGCGUACGAGAUUUGAGCGAAAGAAAGAAAGAAAGAGCGAAAAAAUAUAACGUUGCUUAUAAUUGUUGUUAAUUGUUGUUGUUAUUAUUGUUUAACUCUGUGUGCAAAAGUAUAAACAACGCAAGUAACAGAAAACAAAAAAUUAAAAUUAAUUAAACAGAAAAAAAAAAACAUUAAUUAACAAAACCUUCCAUUCAAUUGUUUGUUAUUGUUGUUUUCUUCAAUUUAAUUCAGUUUUCGUUGAGCAGAAAUUGAAACGUUUCCUUAUGAUCGGCUCAUUUUGGAAUUUGUGUAGAGCGUGCCCAUCAAUGCCGGUAGACAAGCAGCUCCAUUCGGAGUAUAGGAGCACUUAUCGUUGGCAUGAGUUUACUGGUAAUUCAAGGCCAGAAGUGGUACGACGCGCACCAGCGCCAAAUCCAAGUCAAUUUGUGGGUCCCACAAAUGAACCACCAUUGCCACGUAGAAAAAAGUGUCCAGAAUUAGCGUAUAAAUCGCAUGAAUUUAUUAUAGGUUCCGAAUAUACAGAUGCACGUAACAAUGCUGCAAAUCGUAUGGCCAGGUCGGAAGAACGUAAUGGUACACCAUCAAGGCGCAGCAAAUCAGAGGGUCCUCCAGCUGUGCCCAACGGUCGGGCUUAUGCAAUUCCCACGGAAGUUGAUGGACCGGAAACUAAACAGGCGGGUGAGUCGAAUAAUGGCUUAUUCAAAAAGACCAUCUCAAAAUUGAGCACAGAGUAUCGUUUGCAAUUCGUUUGGCCCAAUGUUCGUAGAAUAAGAGAUCAAACUGGGUCAAACGUACACAAAACAACAGCCAAAGAACAGCAACAACAACAACAACAACCGAAAAAAUCAAUAUCAUUAGGUGCAAUUAGGGGUCAACAGCACCAUCCGCUCAAUGAUCGAUGUACGGCUGCGAUGCCAACCGUUCAUAAAAAACGUACAACAAAUCAAAAAGAAGCAACACUACAUGAGUUGGAGCCGCUGGUUAGCGAUGCUGAAGAUAGAAAACCCAUUGAAAAACAAGUAACUAUACAAGAGAAAAAGGUCACCACCCGACCCUUCUCCCAACUGAUUGAUCAAGAGCGAGCCAAUCAUUUCAUUACCAAGAAGGAAAAUUUCGGUUUUGCUGAUGCAACCGAGGCCGACAAUAAGCAACAACAUGCAAAACUGCAAGAACAGCAACAGCAGGGUGAAAUCAUAAUGAAUGGCUCGGCCCCACCCUAUUCGAAACCAAAUUUGGAUUUAUGGUUUAAAGAGGUAGUAGAAAUGCGCAAAAAGGCCGGAGAAUAUAAGAGCCGAGGAUGGGGCAAGGAAAUUGAUCCUGAAUUGUAUAAGAAACAACAGGAACUUUGGGAUCAGGUCUCGAAACGUAGUUCGUUGUCUUCAUUAUGUUUGGCCUCAACUAUGCCAAGGCCCAUAACUAAGGAAGAAAAAGAUGAGGAGAAUAACAAGAAAACCGCUCCCAUAUUAAAAACUUAUAAACCUCGAGUUCCUGGUCAGGCUUACUUUUUGGAAAAUUUAACUAAAGACGAAUUAAAUGCACUGCCAGCACGAUUUAGUCAUAUACGUCAUCAUUUGGAACGUACCACAGGACCAGAUGUUGAGGAAGGCGCCUUAUUGCCUUCACCCACACGCGAAAAAUUAAUGCCAGCCAUUACUAAACGCGAAUCGGAAUCACAAAGGGGUAGUCCUAAGAAAACCGCCGCUUCACGUCAUGGCUCACCACAAAAGGGUAGUCCCCAAAAGGGCAGUCCCAAAAAGGUUCUUAAAAUACGCUCACAAUCGGUUGGUCCAGAACAUGAAUCGCCUAAACGUCAGUUACGUUCCGCUAGUACAGCACCCUACAAUCGAACGGCUGGCAAGAAAACUCCUACAACUGCUACACAGGGAACGACUGAGCGUAAACCACGACCAUCUACCCUUUCCACAACAUUUCAUUCCCGUACGAAAAGUAGUUCAUUACCUCCUCCUAGUGGUAGGGCUCAUGCAAAUGCUGCUGCUACUGCUAGUCAUCCUGCUGCUAAUGCAAAUCAAAUGCAUUUGUCUACAUCACAAUCAAAUAAAUCACCGCAACCGCCACAAAUGCGCAAAAGUGACAAAGACAAAACUAAUGCCGCUAAACCACGUUCAAAAACGUCAACUGCUAAAUCAUCAUCUUAUCCACCACAUCCUCCUCCAUCAGACGAUAUGACAAGCUCAAAAAUAUUGGUAAAUGGUCAUGAUGCUCAUAAGGAUGUUGAUGUUGUUGAUGAUAAUGACAAUGAUAAAAUUAUUAUUGCUGGCAAGAAAGCAAAUUUAUUGGCUUUAGAUCAUUUAGCUGUGCCAGGUCGUGAUAAAAAAUUGGUCGAAAAUGAUACUGAAGAUGGCCGUGAUACUGCCAUAUCUGUAUCCAGCUGCAGUCCCCAACCAGUGGCUGAGGUUCCUGAAGAACCCAUAGUUAAAUCGCCACCUGAACCUACUCGUGUCAAGAGUCCCGAACAAAUUAUUAUGCGUUCACCAGAUCCCGUUAACUGGACUGUACCCUUGGAUACAGGGAAAACCUUUACCGUAACACAAAAUGUCAAAGAAGGUGAAAAUUAUAGUAGACCACAAAGUGAAAUAAAAGCUUCUACCCCUGUAGAAAAGCCACCACCACCACCCCAGUCGGCACCUCCCGAAUUGACUGAACAAGUCAAAAUGGACGCAGCCUGGAAAACAAAACAACCACGCAGCAAUAAUGCUCACAAUAACAACAACAACAACGAAGCGAAGUCACCAACACAAACUACUAAUAACACAAGUGGAAGUCCUACAACAGAAGUGGGCAAAAAUACUCUGCUACAGAAUAAUGCUAAUAGAAAACCAGUGCCUGGCACCACCAUCAGGGUUCUCGAAGAUCCCAUGUUUGAUGUUGAUGUUAUAUUGGCUUCAUCGGCCGCUGCAGGAGGACAGCAACAACAACAACAGCAAGCCGCUAAUUUGUCUUCAUCCUCUAAUUCAACCACUACCACAGCUUCUACAGCUCGUACCACAGCCACAGACGUUCUAGAAAAGGCUCGUGAUCGUUUUGAUCGUUUUUGGGGCGGUAACACUAGCAAAGAGGAAAGUGUUUAAGUCAAUAGAUUUUUAUUAAAACACAAAAUAAAACUAAAUAUUUAACAAGAAAAAAAAAAACAAUUUAAAAAUAAUGGCUUUUAAAUUUUAUACUUGAACCUUAAAUACUAGAAAAAGAAAAACUUAAAGCAAAUAUUUAAGUAAAAAAUUAACAAAAAUUACAAAAAUAAAAAAAAUAACAUUUUUUUGCAGUUAAGAAAUUUACCAAAUAAUCCCCCCCACACAAAUAUUGAACAACAUUUAGGUUGGUAUAUACAUAUAAAUUGCCUAAAAUAUUUAAAAUUCUCUUUUCAAAGUAAUUAUAUAUUUUUUCCUUUUUAUUUCUUGAUCACACAAGAGUUCAGCAAACGACUAACAUUAAAAUUGUUUAAAGCAUAGCUUUAUAGUUUAAAGCAAAUGGAGUACUUACACACUCUCAACAUUAACACUUACUUACACUUUCAAUUAAAUGUGUUACACUACUAAAUAAUGCUCAGCAAAAGAUAUUUAUAGAAAAAAGAGCAACUAAGCUUUGAGUAAGACAAAAUAAACAAUUAAGCUUUUUCUUAAUGUGAGUAAUACAACUACCACACAGCAAAAAAACAAACAUACGAGUUCAUACAUUUCAUUACAACCGCCACAACAAUAACAACAACAAGAAAAAACCAAAGACACGAAGACCCGUCCAAAAAAAAUUAUUAAUAAAAAAAAAAAAAAAAAAAAAACAAAAACAAUAAAAAAAAUAAACUUAAAAACUCAAAAAUGAAAUUAAAAACAUAAAUUAAACAAAUUUAGGCCAUUUUAUUAAUCAGGCGCAUAGAAAUUUCCGUCAUUAAAAAGAAAUUUUACAUACAUUAACAAAAAACCAAAAUUAAUUCUCGUAUGUGUAAAACAAUUUUCAGAGGGUAUUUAAUAUUAAUAGACAAAACAAAAAAAAAAAAAAAUUUAAUAUUAAUCGUAAGAAUAUUAUUAAUAAAAUAAAAACAUUUCUUAAUUUCAUACAUAUUUUGCCUUUUUCAUAAGUGAUUAAAUUAUAUUUGCUAUUUCUGUUAAAAAAAAAAAAAAAAAACAUUUUGUUAAAAUUCUCAAGUGCUUAAUUAAAUGUUUAACACAAAUUGUUAAAAUUAAACAAAUAAUUUUAGUUAGUUUCUGAAAGAAAACAAAAUCUUGAAAGUAUUGAAAAUUAAUUUUUUAAGCUUAAACCCAAAACAACUCCUAUUUCAACAAAAUGACAAGUAAAAGAAAAGUAUUAUUAUUGGAUUAUGAUUAAUAAGAUCGUAAGAAAAACCCAAAACAACAAACAACUAAACUAACACUGCAAAACAAGUCAUUAUAAUUAAAUUUAAAAUAUAAAACAAUGCAUGUUAAAUUGAUAUUAUUAUAUACUUAUUAUAAAAACCCAGAAAAAAGAAAACCAAACUUAUAUUUACAUUUAUAUUUAUAUAUUAUUAUAAAAAAAAUCGAGUAAAACAAAAGCUUGCAUUAAAUGUGUUUUGUUUAAGAUAUUGUUAAGCUUUUUUUUUAAUUUUCUUUAUAAGCACAGUGUAGGGAGAGAACAUUUAUAAAAGUGAGUUUUGCCAAUUUUAGCAUACUUUAGGGAGCGGCAUAUUUUAAGGGUAAAAUUUUUUAAUUAUAACUUUUCAGUUACAAAGUUUCAGUAAGAAUGGAACUUGUUUUAUAACAAGUCUAAGGAUGAUUUGUUCUUCUAAAUAUUAUACGGACUAGUACUUAUCUUAUUGAUAAACUAUUUGAUUUCAAUUGAUUAGCUUGGGAAGUAGUACCAAUAAUAUUGCCAGUGAUUUCCUCCUUGACAGACGGAAGUAUGAGGAACUACUUAAUAUUACCAUUAUGGCAAUCAGGUCAAUUCUGAGGAAAUAUACAAUACUACUGUUAUAGAAGUCUGGUCAAAACUAUAACAAGCUUGUGAACACAAUUAUAUCAUAGAGAUAUCUAAUUGCUAGUCUUUGGACUACAUAGUUUAUUGACUAGUCUUGUAUUUUACAGACUAGUGUCUAUUGGCAUAUGAAUUGAUUUCUAUUGAUUACAUUAGAAAGUAGUGCAUUCUUUAGUCCAUAUAGAGCUCUAGUAUUAUACAUAAAUCAAUUAAUCAAUCAAUUAAUAUGUCUAUGGACAUAUUAAUUGAUUUUUCUUGAUUAGCUUAGAAAGUGGUGCAUUCUUUAUUCCAUAUAGAGCUUUAAUAGCUAGUCUCCGGAAUAGUUUAUUGACUAGUCUCUGGACUAGUCUAUUUAUUUGUCUCUAGAUUAGUCUAUUGACUUGUCUGCGGACUAGUCUAUUGAUUUGACUCUAGAUUAGUCUAUUGACUAGUCCCUGGAUUAUUCUCAGAACUCGUCUCUGGGCUAGUCUUUGGGCUAGUCAAAUGACUAUUAUAUUGGCUCUUGAUUAGUCUAUUGACUUGUCUGUGGACUAGUCUAUAGAUUUGACUCUAUAUUAGUCUAUUGAACAGUCCCUGAACUAGUUUCUUGGCUAGUCUUUGGGCUAGUCAAAUGACUAUUAUAUUGACUAGUCCCUGGACUAGUAUAUUUAAUAGUCUAAUUACUGGUAUAUUGGCUAGUAUAAUAACUAGUCAAUAGUCUAAUGACUUGUCUAUAAAGUAUAAUGACUAGUCUAUAGGUUAGUCUUAUGACUAGUCUAUUGACUAGCCUUACGACUAAUCUAUUGAUUAGCCUAAUGACUAGUCUAUUGACUAGUCUAAUCUCUAGUCUCUUGACUAGUCUAAUGGCUGGUCUAUUGACUAGUCUAUGGAGUAGACUAGUAUCUGGUCUAGUUUCUAGUCUCGACUAGUCUAUUGAUUAGCCUAAUGACUAGUCUAUGGAGUAGACCUAUAUCUGGGCUAGUGAAAUGACUAUUAUAUUGACUAGUCCAUGCACUAGUAUAUUUGAUGGUCUAAUUACUUGCCUAUUGGCUAGUAGCUAGUUAGUUCGGAGAUUAGUCAAUAGUCUAAUGAUUUGUCUAUAAAGUAUUAUGACUAGUCUAUAGGUUAGUCUUACGACUAGUCUAUUGAUUAGCCUUACGACUAGUCAAUUGGCUAGUCUAAUGACAAGUCUAAUGGCUGGUCUAUUGACUACUCUAUGGAGCAGUCUAAUUAAUAGUCUAGAUACUAUUCUAUUGACUGAGCAUAUUAAACUAUUGACCUAUCUAUAACAAUUUCAUGACUUUUCUAUGGCAAAAUCAUUUGACUUAUCUAUGGAAUAAUUUUUAAAUCAUUCUAACUACUAUAUAUUUCAAUAAAUUAAUACUAAUCUCUUGACAAGUAUGUGCAAUCCUUAGUUACCUACCCCCGAAAACAGUUACUUUAUUACCUACCUGGAGUCUCUCAGACUCCAGGAGAACUUUAUCAAGAGCUAGUUUAAGCAUCUGUAUUAGUGAUGAACACAAACAUUAUAGUAUAGGCGGAGUUACAAAAGUAACCCAACAGAAAAGGUGAUUAUAGGAAAAGUUAUAGCCAAAAAUAGUUCUGCUGAAGUCUGAGAGACUCCAAGUAGGAUAUGUGUUAUUCCAUUGACCAGGCUUAAGAACAAGUCCAUGAAUUAUUUUAUUAAUUAGUCAAUGGACUAGUCUAAACUCGAGUAUGUGGACUAGACAUUUGAUUAGAGUAGGGACUACAAUACUGUCUAGUCUUUGGGCAUAACUAUUGUCAACAGUAUGAAAUACUCUAGUUUAUGAACUAGUCCAUGGACUAAUCCAAUUUCUGAACGAUGCAGUAGUCUAUUUUCUAGUCUAUUAACUAGUUUAUUGACUAAACCACCGACUUGUCUGAAAAGUAAUAGAAACAAACAUACUGAAUAAUCAAUGGACUUGUUCUCUGCUUCUUCACCAAAACAAAUAAAACUAUGGUAGUAUGUGUUUGGGCACCGCUGGUUUACAAUGAUCUUGUCUAGUGACUAAUCUUUUAUAUAUGUAUUCCAUCAACUUGUCGACAAAGGUUUAUAAUAUUAAAAAGUAUUUAAUAUGUGAUCAGCGUUCUAAAAAAUGCAGUAGUUCUUUAUUUUUUAUCACUGCUUUAUGAACUAACAUAUGCGUAUGAUUGUUAAUUAUUGUCAAAAAGUUCUAAAAAAUGCAGUAGUUCUUUAUUUUUUAUCACUGCUUUAUGAACUAACAUAUGCGUAUGAUUGCUAAUUAUAAAGUGCUUUUUCAUAAAGUAUACGCCCCGUAUUUAAAAAAUAUUAACAUUUUUCAACAUCCUUAAGGUAUGCAAUGCUUAAUUAACUAACAUACAGUGAAAUAAACAAACCGUGGGCGUAUGAUGAAUAUUUAUAUAUGAACAACCGGAAAUAAAGUAUACGCAACAUAUGUUGAUGUUUUAAGAAAUUCUGUAUAAAAUAAAAAAAAAUCAACGAAUUUUAAUUUCUUUUAUGAAAUUAAGUAAAAAAAACUUUACUUAAUGUUGAUGUUUUUUUAUUCUUUUCUUUUUAAUAAAUUUCUCUUCCCUGCACUGCGUUAUUGUUAGCCACUGUUUUAAUUUUUAUUAACUUUACAUUAAACACAAAAUAAAUAAUUAUAAAAAACAACAAAUAUUAUGUGUCUUUAAAGCAAAAAUCAAAUACUUAUUAAUUUCUUUAUAAAAUAAAAUGUAAAACAAAUAUUUAACAAAGAAUAAGUUGCCCAGCAUCAUGUUGACAAAUUGAUUUAAAUUUUUAAACAACAAAAAAAUAAAACAAGUUGAGUUUAUUAUAACAAAAAGAAACAUACAACAAAUUUAUUAUUAAUUAUUUAAAAAAAAAAUAAAACAAAUUUAAAAAAAUAAAUAAAUAUAAAUGUUUAGCCUUCUUAAUCAAAUUAAUAAAAAAAAAAAAACGAAAAAAGUAAAUAAAACUAUAUAUACUCUCUGAAUUAUAUAAACUUAAACAUAAGACACUACUUUAACAAAUAAAACAAAAUUAUGAAACUACACUUAUUGACAUAAAACACCAAAAACCAUAAAAACAAUAUUAUGAAAGAAAAAUCAACAAAAUUCCAUAAAGAAAAAUUCCUUCCCUUCUUCAGUAAAAAAAAGAUUAAAAACUAAAGACAAAACAAUAACAAAAAUAGUUAGUAAUUAAAUAAUAGUAAUAAAUUAUAAUAAACCUCAUAUUUAAACAAACAAAAAAUACGUGUAAUAAAUUACAACUUAAAUAACAAGCACAUAUUCAGAAAAUCUCUUCAAUAACAGUGAGAAUCCUUAAGUAAUUUUAUGGUUUUAGAAAGGUUUUUCGAGGGUUUUCUUAGUUUUAGAAAUUUUUUAUUUUAGGAAAAUUUUCGAACAAUUUUUUGCUUUUGGAAAAUAUUUGAUAUUUUUUUUGCUUUUAGAAAAUUUUCUAUAAUUUUUUUUUUUAGAAAAUCUUCUUUAAGUUUCAUAUUUUAAAAAUUUUCUACAUUUAAAAAAUUUUUCACAAAUUUUCUCUUUUUAGAAAAUUGUUCGUAAGUUUUCAGGUUUUUUAAAAUUUUUCAUAAAUUUUCUAUUUUUUUCAAAACGAGUACGAGCAACAUCUUGUGCUUUUGGCAUUCUAAAAGUAUGCAACAGUUAAUCUCUAAUUCUACUACAAAUUUUGCGUUCACCAGACGUAUGAAAAUUAAGAAAUUAAGAAAAUUCAUUAUAAUAAUGAAAACUCUUGUUUCUUUUACCAUAAAAUUACAAAAUUUUAACACUUAUCAGUAAAAAAAACUCUAAACUAACCACUAACCCUUAUUCUUCUUAAAAAAGAACUCCAUCUAGUAACACAAAACAUUAUUUUUUAGGUUUUAAUAAAACAAAAAAAUCGAAAUUAAUAGGAAUUUAAUAAAUUGUCAUAAAGAAAAAAAAAACAAAACUCUUUUAGCUUGGUAAACUGAUAAAAUCUAAGUAAAUUAAAUAAACAAAAAACAAGAAAUCCUUUAAAACAAUUAGUAAUUACCACAAGCUUAAAAUUAAAACUAAAAAACCAAAACAAAAUUUAAAUAAAAAAAAUUCCGUAAAAUAAAGAAAAAUCUUAAAAACAAAACAAUUUUAAUACUUUAUAGUGAGUAAGCAACACUGUCUUUUGAUUAAAUACUAAAAAAAACCAACAAAAGGAAAACAGAAAACCAAUAUAUAAUGUGAAUUUAAUUAAAUAAAUAGUGAGCUUUUUUUAAAAACCCAAAAAAUUAAAAAAAAAAAUAAAGAAAAUCAACAACAACAAGAAAAAUCCAUACACUCCUUACAAAAAAAAAAA